CCCACUGGGACCGACCCAGGAUCCGCCACCAUUAUGUCCAGUCGACGGAAGGCGUCCACGCCAUGUAUGAUCCGACCGGAGCAGACGGCGGUGGAGCCGGAUGACGAGGCAGAGGAGUCACAUGACCUGCAGACAACGACGGAGAACCACGCUGAAGAAGGACCGAUGGAGACCGACCUGUCUUCGGAGGCUGACCAGUCCAUGGACCUGGACCUGGUGGACAAAGCCUCGGACCCACCUCCUGCUCCGGACAAAGCGGUGUCGGAGUCGACAGACGCGUCGAAGCCUCCACGCCGACAGCAGGGUGGUUACGAGUGCAAGUACUGCCCAUUCUCCACCCAGAACCUGAACACCUUCAAGGAACACGUGGACGCCAACCACCCCAACGUCAUCCUGAACCCGCUGUACCUGUGCGCCGUCUGCAACUUCAACACCAAGAAGUUUGACACUUUGACGGAACACAAUGAGCGCUGCCACCCGGGGGAGAGCAACUUCAAGUUCAAACGCAUAAAAAUGAACAAUCAGACCAUCUUAGAGCAGACCAUCGAGGGCUGCAGCAGCAGCGCCGUCAUUUACAACAGCUCCAACAAAGGGGAGGAGCUAGGCGCGCCGCCACUCACCAAACCCGCUGCGGUGAAGAUCGCAAAACCAAAAAUCCUGUCGUCAGACUCUAAACGGACAGAGGGUCACGGGGGGAAGCUGCCGCCUGAACUCAAGAAGCCGAUCACGGCGGUGAACGUCAACGGGACAGUGAUCAUCCCCGAGUCGACACUGCUCAAAGCAGAUAGCCUUUCUCACAUCAUGCCUUCACUACAGCGGCCUCUCAACUACACACAGGUGCCGAAGAUCGCAGUGCCCCUGAACACAACCAAAUACAACCCGUCCCUGGACGACAACCUGACGCUCAUCUCCUCCUUCAACAAGUUCCCAUAUCCGACCCAGGCCGAGCUGUCAUGGCUGACGGCCGCCUCCAAACACCCAGAGGAGCAGAUCAAAGUGUGGUUCACCACGCAGAGGCUCAAACAGGGCAUCAGCUGGUCACCCGAGGAGGUGGAAGAAGCCCGGAAGAAAAUGUUCAAUGGAACCAUCUCAUCUGUGCCUCAAACGUUCACUGUGGUAACGCCUCAGUCCAACCCCUCAGGGGUGUCGGCGUCGGCAUCCAAAGCGCUGCCGGCGUCAGCGUCCGUCCUGCAGCCACUGCCCUGUCAGCUGCUGGGACAGACCAGCCUGGUGCUGACGCCGGUGGCCAACGGGUCCACGGUCACCUGCGCCCCGCUGGCGCUCACUGUGGCCAAUCAGGUGGCUCAGUCUCUCAAACGGCCGCUGGCAUCUCCCAUUAUCGCCACCGAGAGCAAAAGACCCUCCAUCAUCCAGGCUGUGUCGGCGCCGGUGGCCACGCCCAAACUUGCGUCAGCCAAAGUGUUGAGUUUCACCGUGGACCCCAAUAAAACAGCGGAGCAGCUGAUGGUGCUGAGGGCCAGCUACACACAAUGUCCUUUUCCUGAGGAAGAUGAGAUCUACAGGCUAAUAGAGACCACUGGCCUGUCCAGAGGAGAGAUCAAGAAGUGGUUCAGCGAACAGAGGCUGCUCAACCUGAAAGGUGUCCCUCCUCCUCCGGUUCUAGUGAAGGCUGAGGUGAUGGUGGCGGCAGCGGCGGCACCUAAGGAGGGUCCGGUGAAGAAGGCGGUGCCCUGUCAGUUCCCACUGUUGGAGAGGGUGAAGGGGAAGACGUCUGAGCAGCUCAAAGCUCUGGAAGAGAGUUUCCAGAGGAGCAGCUGUCCCACCGACGCCCAAAGAGACCAGCUGGCCCAGGAGACCCGGCUGUCCCGGACCGAGGUGGACUGUUGGUUCUCGGAGCGCCGGGCGCUGAGGGACAACAUGGAGAAGGCUCUGCUCAGUGUUGCCUCCAAGAGCUCGGAGGAGAGGGCGGAGCAUCCCGGGGCCUUGCUCAACGGCUCCUCCCACCGCGACCAGGAAACCAAGCUGCCUGGCUCCUCACCCCACCCUCCUGCCCUCUCCUCAUCUUCGUCCUCAUCUCCUCCUGUCCUCGCUGUCUCCUCCCCUCGCCCACCGACCCUCUCCUCCUCUGCAUCUCCUCCCAUCCUCACCUCGUCAUCCUCGUCUUCUCCCCAUCCUCCCGUCCUCUCGGCAUCAACUAGCCCCGCCCCCAUCUCCAGCCGCUCCCUCGCUCUGCUCCGAGAGAUGUUCUGCCGGACCCAGUGGCCGUCUCCUGAUGAGUACAGUCAGCUAGAGGUCCAGACCAGCCUGGGCCGGACUGACAUCGUCCGCUGGUUCAAGGACCACCGCUCGGCCCUAAAGAACGGAGACACUUUGGACUGGAUGGACGGUUUCCUCAACCAAAACAUCCCUGAGCAGCAGAAGUCCAACCAGGACCAGAACAAUCAGCGCUCUGAAAAGAACCCGAGUGUUCCCGCGGACGCCGGUGCUGUGCAAGCAGAGGAGGCUGGUCAGAACACUACAAAGCCCAAACACUCAGUUCAGGACCCAGUCCCAGACCAGGACCAGUUGUCAGCCCACAGUGUAAGCGACCCGGACCGGGUCAGUCUGGACCAGCCCACUGAAAACACUGACAGAGGGAGGUGGGUGAAGGUGACGGUGGCGGUGGGGGAGGAGCCUGAUGGAGAGAACCAGCGGCUGGCAGCAGACGCUGAGGUCCUGACCUUGGAUCAGCCGGAGAGGGUCACCGGCUGAAGACUCAACCUGUCGUCUGCUGUGUCAGCGACCCAAUGAGAUGACUAGAAGGCUGUGAUGUCAUCACAAAGCACCGCUGGAGGGGGUGGAGCAGCGCCGUGUGCAAAUGUGGACGGAGGCGUGCCAAAGCUGGACUUGAUGCGUUCUUACUGUUACACUAUAUUUGUUUUUUAAAACACUCUUGUACAUAUUUUUCUGUAUUUGUGAGUUUGUACAGUUUUACUGAGGGCCAGUUUUGUUACGUUUUUUAAAAAAAAGUCGGACGCUGCCCAAAAAACCUGGAGGUUCUUUGUGUUGGUUUAUGAUCAAAGUGUAAAAUAGUCACUGAGGACAGUUUUAUUUUCAGACGCUAACGUCGUCCUUUCAUUCUGAUGGAACUGGUGUUUAUGGUCGUAGGUGUAGACGCAGCCUCACUGACUCACUGAUCCAACCUCCACCUGCUUCACCUCCACCUGCCCCCCGGACCGGACCGGACCAGACCAGGAAACCCAUGGUUCUGAGGAAGAACCAAACCCACGCUCUGUACAUCUUGGUCCCAGUUCUGUAUGUCCUGACCCAGAGUCCUGAUUCUGUACGUCCUGACCCGGAGGCCUGGUCCUGGUUCUGUAUGUCCUGACCCUAUGGCCUGGUCCUGGCCUGGUUCCAGAGGUGUGAAAUGGACCCAAACACUGCAGAAGGUUCCUGAUCAUGUGACCAUGACCUUCUCGGGGGGGCAGAGCCUCGCUGCCUUUAAUGCUCUGACCGACUGUUUUCAAACCAGCUGUUCUUCAGUUUUGGUCUAAAACACUUGAAUAUUCAUGACUGAACAUUCAGGUCUAGAUGUUUGACCCAUGAUAAAAGAAUCCCAGCUCUGACGUUCUGUGACCCGUGGACACACCUUAGGAUCGGUUUCUUUUCCAGACUCUGAGGGGUGUGCGUUCCCUGUGCAGAGGAAUGUUCCCUGUGCAGGCGUGCAUGCCCUGUGCAGGUGCGCAUUCCCUGUGCAAAAGAAUGUUCCUUGUGCAGGUGUGCGUUCCCUGUGCAGAGGAGCGUUCCCUCUGCAGGCGUGUGUUCCCUGUGCAGGUGUAGAGGCUUUUCCGUCUGUUGGAUGAAUGAGUAUCUGGGAUACUGUACAUUUGACUUGUAUGGAAACCUGCUUGCAUUUUCAUUUUCUACUUUGAAUCUGCUGCAACUCAAUAAAUACAACCAGCUGGUAAAAGGA